CCUAUCGUCAGUCCGCCUCCACCAUGGUUCUCGACAACAUCUCGGACUGUCUGUGUUGCCGGUGCUGCAAGACCAAGAACUACACCUUCGGUAAACCACGCAAGAACGACGUAGUCACUGUUCAACCACUCUCCAGGAACAAGUUCGGUGAGGAUGAUGGACCCGUGCGCCCCAAUAGACGCCCUGCUAUCAGCACGAUUCAGAAUUCAGGUGCCAGCAGCGCUUCAACUGAAAUUCCGGGAAUCCAAGGAUCAGGAGCGCCUAAACCCCAGAUUGAAAAGCCACCACCUAAAAGUGAUGAGCCAAAAGUGCAGGAACCUCCAGUUCACAUUUUGGACCCAACUAUACCGAGCCCGGAUAAGCCACAACCUGUUCCGGAUGCGGAUAGAACAGGAUCUCAGAAUCCACCCCAACAUGUCCCGGAAGUUCACAAACCGGAAAUCGAAGAGAAACCUGAUGAUAAACCCGUAAAUCACGACAUUAAUGUGACCAAACCAGAAGAUCAUCAACCUCCUAUUCAUCACCAGAAUGAGAAUACAGAACCAGAAAUUCAUCAUCCCCCACAGCAUGAAUCAGAAAUUCAUCAUCCACCACAGCAUGAAUCAGAAGUCCAUACACCGGGAAUUCCGGUACCUUCUCUUCAUCUUCCGGAUGUGGAUAAACCAAGCGUUCAAAAACCACCAGACUUGAGCCACAGCGAUGUAGGAGACACGGAGGAUAUUCCGCCACCUCUUCCUAUGACCCCACCGCCAUCAAGAGUCCCUCGCCCCUCAUGGGUCGACAAAAUCGAGUCGUUCGAGUCACCCGAGCCUUCCGUGACUGUUAUAAUCCCCUCAAAAGCCCCAGGCGGUGCUGAGACCGAUGUGCUAACGGUGCGUGAGGUCGACAUGUGCUUGACAUUGAACGGCUCCGACCACCACACAGACCGCUACGAGCUCAUGACUCGCAAAGUCAACCCUCAGCUAGUGAUUCGUCGCGGACAACCCUUCCAGUUGGACCUGGUGCUCAGCAGAGCCUACAACCCCGCCACCGACGCUAUCUCAUUCGUCUUCACCCUUUCAGAGACAGACAAGCCCAGCUACGGCCAUGGCACGUUGAUUGCGGUACCGUUGUUGGCCAAGGGCGCACAGGACGGGGACACUUGGAGUGCGGUCUUACAAAGGUCUUCAGAGAACGUCGUCUCGGUCAAUAUCACAACUCCUGCAAAUUGCAUUGUGGGAGUCUGGAAGAUGGACAUCGACACCAAGCUGAAGGAUGAUGGAGCCGUGAGCUACAGCCAUAGAACCAAAAUAUAUGUCCUCUUUAACGCCUGGUGCAAAAAGGAUCAGGUGUACAUGAAGGAGGAGGAGAGGCGGAGAGAGUUCGUGGAGAUGGACACAGGACUGAUCUGGAGAGGCAGCUAUAACCGCAUGAGGCCCUGCAUCUGGAACUAUGCUCAGUUCGAGAAGGAUGUCCUGGACUGUUCCUUGUUCCUUGUCACAAAGACAGGACGAGUACCCCUGCCCAGCUGCAGCGAUCCUGUCAAAAUCACCAGAGCUUUGUCUGCCGCUGUGAACUCCCCAGAUGACAACGGUGCCCUGAUGGGGAACUGGUCUGCAGAGUUUGACGGUGGAACUCCCCCCACCAAGUGGGUUGGCAGCCUUAUGAUUCUGCAGAGAUUCUACACCAACAAGAAGCCGGUCAAGUACGGCCAGUGCUGGGUCUUUGCUGGUGUCCUUACUACAGUGUGCAGAGCCCUGGGUAUUCCAGCGCGGACUGUGACAACGUACGCCUCUGCUCACGACACUCAGAACAGCCUUACCGUAGACUACUUUGUGGAUGACAAGGGCGGUGUUAUGGAGGAGUUAACCAGUGACUCUAUAUGGAACUUCCACGUGUGGAACGAGGUGUGGAUGAAGCGGCCAGACCUGGAACCUGGAGACUAUGAUGGGUGGAACGCCAUUGAUGCCACACCUCAGGAGAUGAGUGAAGACGUCUUCCGCUGUGGCCCAACUUCCGUGAAGGCUGUCAAACGAGGGGAAGUUCUCAAACCUUACGAUUCUGCUUUCGUAUACGCAGAAGUGAACGCUGACAAAGUCUUCUGGAAGUACACAGGACCCACACAACCUUUGAAACUGUUGAGGAAGGACACUUUGGGAAUCGGACAACACAUAAGUACGAAGACUGUGGGGCAGUGGUCAAGAGAGGAUAUUACGCAGACCUACAAAUAUCCUGAAAAGAGUCAGGAUGAGCGGACUGCCAUGCUGAAGGCACUCAAGCAAAGCGAAAGCCUGUUCAGUCGAUAUUACCUCAACGAGGAGUUUAAUGACAUUAAAUUCGACUUCAAACUCCUAGACGAUAUUGUUAUUGGUUCACCUUUCAGUGCAAGAGUGGUGCUGUCCAACAAAAGCAAAGACAAGGACUACAAAGUGACAGUGAUCUUGAGGGUAGACACAGUCCUCUACACAGGAAAAGUCGAGGACUCUGUGAGAAAAGAAAAGUUCGACGUCGUUGUCAAGAAGAGAUCUGAGGAAGAAGUGAAGAUAGAUGUGUCCUAUGAAGAGUAUUAUAACAAACUCGUGGACCAAUGUGCCUUCAACAUCGCCUGUCUGGCAACAGUACAGGAUACCAACUACGAGUACUUCGCCCAAGAUGACUUCAGGGUUAGGAAACCUGAUGUGAAGUUCAAGAUUGAAGGGGUGCCUUCCGAAGGUCAAGAGUUCACAGCAACCGCUUCAGUUAUGAAUCCUCUGCCAGUGUCUCUCAAGAGGUGUAGGUUUGUCAUUGAAGGUCCCAGCCUUGAGACACCCAUCAAGAUCAAACUUGAACAUGAGGUUGAACCCAAUUCAGAGGCCAAAGUGAAGUUCAACGCAAGACCAAAGUUCCCAGGAAGAACCACCAUCGCUGCAAAGUUCUACUCCAACGAACUGGGAGAUGUUGAUGGCUUUAUAGUGUUCAAGGUCGGAGACAAAGCGCCUGGUGAUACGAAUGGGCUGAGCAACAACAUCUCCUCCUGAGCUCAUAUCACCAAAGUCAACUUAUUGUUAUUCUAGAUUUAUUCGUUUCUGAUAUAAGUUUAAAAUCAAAUGACAAAGGAAGGCAACAUCAAUUGUUCGAUAGUGAGCAUGAAACUGCCAUUUGGUGCAAGAUGUCCAUGCAGCAGUGCUUGUUCGUAUUGCAAGGCCUUUAAAGAUUCAUGAUUGUGUGAAUGUACCAUUUGUUUUUUAUAUUCUGUGCCGACAUUUUUGUCUGUAUAUUAUUUGUUUCAAGUCGAUAGCUUACAGUUAUAUUAUACAGAAUUUUUCCAACACCAAAGUAACAAAAAUAACUGAAAAAACAACUUAGGACUUAGUAUCUGCUCUCUUCUUCAGGAAAUAAACCUAAAAGUCUCAAAUUUAAGGUCAAACAAAAGAGUAUGCAUGAACGAUGUUUAAUUUCGCUUUAGGUUUAGUCACUGCGGAUAUAAAUUCUUUGUAACAUACUUUCAGUAAUUUUUUUAACACUCAGUGAUGGCAAAAAUCCAUUGUAACAUUUAUUGUAAUCUUUGCUGCAGCCAACUGCCAAAAAUCUAAAGCUAUCAUUACUGCAGCUAUCUUAGUUAUGGGGUAUAUCAACACUCUUAAUUGCUCCAACCUCACAAAAGCUCUCUGAAAUAUUUCAUAUUAUUUUGUUCUAGUCUUUGACAGGUUUUUAUAAACUCAUCUGAUACUACAGAAAACCUAAUUAGAAUAUAAAGUUUAGUUUUCAUCGUGGCCAAAUGACUGCAAAUUACGCCAAUUAAACAGACAUAAAUGAGUAAUUCAAUCCGAAGUGCCACCUUUAACCACAAUUAAGAUAUAGUAGCCCAAAUUUUUAAAAAAAUUAGAGGUACUUUUGCUGCAGUGCAUGUGUAAACAUCAAAUUUAGUUUGUUCUACACACAUAUAAAGACCUCAAGUUUGACGUGAAGUACAAGUUAAUGUUCUGUUAUAUAUCUCUCACCAAUGAUUACACAGUUGAGUGUUUAACUAGGAUGCUCCUUCAAAUCCAAUUAAUUUUCAAAGAGCAAAUAACGUAAUUUUGAAACUGAUCAUUAUUAUUUAUUAGUGCUGCAUAUUAUGAUCCUGUACUACAAUAUGAAAUAUUACAACUAAAACCCUAGAAUUAAAUUAUAGGAUAUGGGAAAUAAAAAUUCUCACUUUGCUUUAACUAUUUUUAUAUAUAUUUUUUAAACAUCUUGAAAACUAAAAUAUAUCACCUUGGACAGUCUUACAAGAUACUAGUAAGGCAGUAAUAUAUAUUUCACUUGAAUAAAUUACAAUUUUUACAAUAUUUCACAUUACAUUACACACUUCACAAUUUACUUUUACAACACUGUUCAAGUGAAGUCUAUCGAAGUGGCCUUGAAAUAUUUAUGUCUUACUCCAUCUACAUCUUCACUAACUUACUAUUCAAUGGCCCUAGAUUUUUUUUAAAUUUACCUUUUUAUGUUUAGAUAACAGAUUUCUAAAACGUUAAAAAUAAAAGACCCCAUGUAACUAAACAAUAUUGUAUUUUAGAAGAAAUACAACAUUUUUAAUGAAACAACGUUCAACUAUGUUAGUUUCAAUUCACAUAAAUGUUUAUAUAUACGUAUAUACUAUAACCUUAUGUAAUUUGUUGUAAUUAUUUCAUGUAAUGUUAUAGGUUUUAGUAUGUGUAAAAUAACAUGUUUUUUACAUUGUUCUAAAAAAUUGUAACAGUAAAAGAGUAAUAAAUAAAGUGUGAACUAAAACA